AGAGAGACGAGGAACCGGCGAGUACGCUUCCCCGAGGGGCCCGCCAAGAUGGCGGCCAAAGGGCAGCUGCUGACCUGGGAUAUUUCACCAACAAAUGGCAGUGAAGUAUUUUUCUCACAUGAAAUUUAUGAAAAAUAUUCGUUGGCACCAAGCCUUUCUGAACUGUGGCAUUUAUCAAACAGAGAGGCAAAAAGAAAUGUGGAGGCAUUGGCAAACUCUUCAGAAAACGGACAGACUUGCAGUGUGCAGGCUGCAGAUCCAGUUGAGGUGGAGGCUAAAGGCACAACUGAUGAUCAUCCUUUUCCAGAACCUAGACUCCCUUAUCCAUUUACCUCUUGUUUGACUGAGAAGGAGCAGAAAACAUACUUACAUCUGAUGACUAAGUACUCAAAAAAACCCCCCUAUUUUCAAGUUAAUGCAGCAAGUCAAAGAGAAUUAUUCACGUAUCUGCAAAUGAAAGAAGUAGUAAAUAAUGAAAUUGCAGAAUUUAUGAAGUUUGCCCAAAAUGCUGCAAAAAGCUGCGCCCAAGAUUAUGAUACCAUCUCUGAAGAUGCACUACGUUAUACUGAGGAAUUAUUACGUGCUUGUAUUGGACAUGCACAAAAGUAUCCUGAAUUUUACACACUACAGGAGAUCAUGGGUAUCAUGGGAGGAAAGUUUCAUACGCAGUUGACCUUUAGGCUGGAAAAAAAUCUUCUUGUAAUGGGUACGGCAAGACGUGGUAAAACAGAUUUUCCUACCAUGCCUGUUCAACUGCCCACAGACUACAAAACUGUUACAUCUAUUAUAACUCCAGAAAAAAAGGCUUCUAUUAUGCACAAUGAUAUUAGUUCAGAUUCGAAUGCAGAAAAACUUGCUUUGAAAUACUGUCCUCAAGUUGUUUUAAGUAAUCAGUCAUUAUUUACUUUACUGAAUAAUCAUGGACUUAACUACAAGGAACAAUGGGAAAUUCCAGUUUGCAUUAAAAUGAUCCCUGUUGCAGGUGGCAAACCAGCUAGAGUGGUUUAUGUUGAUUCACCUCUGCUGAGAAAGGAAAUGACAGUAAGAGAGAGGAACCAGAUCUUCCAUGAAAUUCCAAUGGACUUCCUAGCAACUAAAAUGUCUUACGUUUCGAUUUCUGAUGUGUUGAUGGACAAACCAGCUGAGGACAAUCUGUUUCAGUGGGAUAUGUCUUCUGAUACCUACCAGUACAGGAAGAUUCCUCUUCCAGAUGACACAGGGAUGGACUUUGAUGAUGAUGUUACAGAACUGGAAACUUUUGGAGCAACUGUCAAGCUCUCAGGAACUUCUAAAAUGGAAAGUACUUUUCCUACAGUUAGUAACACUGCUAAAGGUUUUUCACAUGGCUUAAAAAUGGGGAAAAAAAAUACAUCCACCAUAAACAGUGGAGGUGAAGAAGGGAAAAACACCAUUUCUGAGCAAGGAGUUCCAGCAUAUGCCAGCAUGCAGCUUCCAUCAUUAGAUGGCAUUCUAUGCUUCAGCCCUGAAGGAGAUUCAUCUCAUAAAAGCUUUAAAUCAGAGGAGGUAGGACUGAGCAAAGCACAGCAUGUCAUGACCAAAGAAGUAUUGUACAGUGAAACAAAAUUAAAUACUCUCUCAAAUGCUAUUAGUUACAAGGAAGAGUCUGAUACUGCACAAAAAAAUGAGACUUACGCUUCUUUAUGCAGUAGUGACACAGAUGAAGAGCGUUUGAUAAUUGAUACAGAAUGUAAAAACACUGAUUGUUGCAAAACACCUGUACCAAACACUGCUUCUCAUACCUCAGCAGAGACUGCCAAAUCGCCUUCCCCCACCCAGAUUCCAUUAGCAAGCAUGAGUGAUUGCUCAGAUAUUACAGAUAAGGGAAAAAAUGCCUCCAGAAAGGCUAAAAGAAAGUUGUCCAAAGAAUUUGAUCCUGUUGGACAGAUUUUGAAAAUGCAAACUGAACUUCUGAAGUCACCUUCCCAAAAAGCUCAUGAGCAGCCAGUGGUGAGCUGUGAUAGUUCUAAUGCUACGUCAGCCCAUGUGCCUCAAUCUCCAAAACCAUUGGUGACCUCCAGCACAGAAACUGCGCCAGCCCCUGCCUCAAAUCCCAAUGGCUCAUCUAGAAAUACCUGGACUUGGCUUUUUCAGGGAGUGCCAAAGAGAAAGCUGCCAAAUGAACUUCAGAUGCUUGAAGAAGACCCUUCAGAGUAUGAAGCACCUCAGGAUGGCAACCUUGUGUAUAAGCUAUUCAGUUUGAAUGAUCUGUUGUUACUUGUACGUUGCAGUGUGCAAAAAGUGAAGUCAUUGCCACGAUACCAUAAAAAGAAAAAAGCCCAAAAGCUUACUCCAAUAUUCCUGUUGCCAAAACUAGAAUACCAACCCUAUUACGGUGUAGAAGCUCUUACAGAAAGUGAAAUAUGUCAGUUGUGGACAGAGAGUAUGUUGCAUUCUGAAUGCUUAUUUUAUAUUGGACGUAUUGAUGCUUUUACAUCAAAGCUUAUUAUGCUAGAAAAGAUUUCUCCAGAAAUCUUAAGAGAAAAACUUGGAUUGAUUAAGCCUGCAAAUUCAUUAAAUAUACUUCAUCACAUUUUGAAGAAAGUGUCUGAUUUGCAGGAGGGCUCUUACUUAUUGACUCAUGCUGCAGGAGAUUCAUCAGUUGGAAUCUACAAGAGUUCUCUUGACAAGACGACUAGAGCAUCAUAUAACUUACAUAAAGCUCAUUGUGAUCUCCCUACUGUACCUGCCACUCUUUCAGUCCCAUGGGUGCCACUAGAUCCCAGCCUCCCUUUGCCCUAUCACAUGAAUCAUGGAAGAGUUCCAUGCACCUUUCCACCUGCACCCCAGGAAGCCACCUGGAAACAGAAGAUGACUGGAGUGAAAGGACAAUCGGACACACCCUAUGAGGGAAAGCCAGUAGCUAUGGAAACAAAAGGCAAUCCAGCUAAGCCUGUUAGAAAUGAAGGUGUGGUUACAAAGAAGCUGAAGAAUUACUGCAAACAAAGAAUGAUGAAGAAAAAGUGGAAAAUUAAGUACAACAAAAUGCAACUGAAGUAGGAAUAGCUGAACCAUGCUGUGAUAAGCAUGGCCUGGAGAAGGACAAGAUGAAACAAAAAAUCUGAGGCUUUCUUGCAGUUUCAAAGAAGCCAGAACAAGCUGGCAGCGGAAAUGGCUCCAUAACUGAAACAUUCUGUAAACCUUUAACCCUUUCUUACCUCAGUGGACACAUUUCAAGUGAAAAUCUCAAAUUCAGUCAGAUUAAAAAGAGCAAAUGUCUGCAGCUGAGGUUAGGAGACAAAAGUAUCUUCUGUUGGUCUCGUGAUUUUUGUAGAAAAACUAAGGCUUGAAGAAUGAAGCUGCGGUCAACAGCAAUAUUUGAUAUCACAUAACAACAAGAAAAAGAACUUUUCAGCUUUCUUAAUUCUUCCAGAAGCACUACAGAUUUUUAUUCUGACAUAUUUUAGAAUUGUAUUUUACUUUAUGUAAUGUGCAUAAGGGGAACA